AUGGCAGCUAUGGUUUUUGAGAAGAAGGGAUAUGUAGACACUGAGGCUGGGCAAAUCCACUAUCGAAGAUGCGGCCAAGGAACGCCGUCCAUCCUGCUGCUGCACUCUGCCGGCCAAUCCUCUGCCAUGUUCACGGCUGCACUCAAGAGGUUUGCUGCUGCUGGCCUCCACGCCGUUGCUCUGGAUCUGCCCAACAGCGGGGAGUCGUGCCGCGCCACGUCAGGAUACGCUGAUGCCUCGCAAGCCACUCAGCUCCCAGACGGCGAACUCACCAUGGUUGACGUGGCGAACCUCGUGCUCCAAGCUGCCCACGGGUUGCACUUCGCGCCGCCAUUUGAUAUUGUGGGUGCGACAGUGGCCCUGCACAUAGCAGCGGAGCUGCCACACAUAGUACGCCGCAUUGCCCUGUGGGGCAUACCCUUGCUCGGCUUCAUGGGGCGCGGGGACGUGCUCAGGGAGGAGAGCCCUGACGCGGAUUACCAAGCUGACCUCCCAGCUGCCAUCGAGGCAUUCAUAACCACACGAUUCCCGGAACAACAAGUUGGUGGUGCGGGUGUGGAUGUGCCAUGGCAGCUGAAGGUGCGCACAGUCAUCGACAUGCUGCAGACGUAUGAGAGACGCCCAUGGCUGACUCGGGCCAUGGCCGUCACAGAUCACGCGGACCUGCUCAAGCGGAUUGACCUGCCAGUGCUCUGCAUGGCAGGGGAGAGGGAGCCCAUGCAGAAGGAGACAAGAAAGGCCGCCCUGCUGUGCAAGAACGGGGAGUACGUGGAGCUGGGGCCAGCAGGCCGGGACGUGGUGGAUGAGAUGCCGGAUGAGUAUGCCUGCACCGUUCUUGAGUUCCUCCUGGCAGACCCCACUCUCGCCAGCCCCAUGUCACAUGCAUGGCAAGGGGCAGAGUGGAGUGCGGGUGCAGGGGCACCAGCACCAACAGCAAACACAGACCAGCAAGGAUUAUGA